AUGGGAGCACCAAGUCCCGUCUCUCAAAACCAAAGCACCUCCCCUCACAUCCAUGAACAUGGCCGCACCGAGCCCACAGUCCCCAAUCUUGACAGAUACGUCUUGAUCCAUGACUGCCUGCAGCCAGCCAAACAACACCAAACCGGGUUGUUUCUGAACCUUGCGAGUCUUGAAUGGCUUCGGCCGCAACCCCGAAUUUUUCACGUAGUGACGUCCAAGAGGCCCAGCCGGGAUCUCGGUCUUCUACUACGCCGAGUCCUACGUCGACUUCAAGAUCUUGGUGACGGACUUGUUCAAGCAUCUCGCUUCGAGCGACGAUGGCCACGAGGUCGUAGCCCUUCCCCCCGCUCGACCAACCCAUGCUCCAUGACCAACCGCGCUCCGCCCCUUGUGGAUGGCACAAGACCUCUCCAAUCAAAUGAAAUCACUGCCUUCGGUGUCACUAGGCUCGCAGCCGGCGACGCCAUCCUUGGCAUUGAACAGCCCGUUAAAGGCUUGGAGGGUGACACGAAGAAGGAAUUUACCUGA